CUACGACGCUUCGCCUACAGAGAGCACUGGCCCUAGCUCUCGUCAGGAGCUCUAAGAGCCGCACACAAUCUUAUGCCGCUCCCGAUGCGAAUGAUAAGAUAGACUCUUUGCUGUCAAUGGAAGAUGAUCCCUCGAAUGGUUCCAUCUCGCAGUGUCACCUCAAUCGUCUUUGCAUCUAGUACGACUUUCGGGGACGACUGGACGACUUUUCCAGAUCAACAGCCGAUCUGACCUCUUUGAGGGCUUCCGCGAGCUACCUUUCUACAGUAUUCGUGCGCUUAGGUUUGUGUAAGACUCGAAGAAGACACGGCAUUCAUCUCUGUCUCACGGUUUCUGGCUGUCCAAAUGCCUCAGAAUAACGCUAUUCACGACGCAUGGAGGAUGCAAUGUGCCAUGAUAAGCACGAUGGCGCGAGCGGCGAGAAACGAUAUAAAAGCUCUAGCGGAUGCAUUGGCUCACCAGAGAUCCACGCUCUGUUCCUCCAAUCCCUCGAGACUAGUGCAAGAUGAAGUUCGGUGCCCUCUUUGCGUUCACCCUCGCUGCGGUCGUCUUGGCCAACCCAGUCCCUUUGGUCGAGUCGGACAACAACUCGUGGAAGAUCGGUCGUGCGGCGCCGACCCUUGAGCUCGAAUCGGAGAACAAGAGCUGGCACAUCAACAAGGUUCAGGCUGUCGCCACUCCAGUUGCGCGCGCGCCGGAGCCGCUGAUCACCGCCAACGAGCUCGACACCAACAAUGAUCAUUGGACGAUCGGACAAGCUCGUGCUUUGCCCACUGAGGACCUCGAGUCAGACAACAGCUCGUGGAAGAUCAACCGCGCGGCGCCGACCCUCGAACUCGAAUCCGACAACUCCAGCUGGCAUAUCGGAAAGAACCGCGCUGUCGAGACCCCCGUUGCGCGUGCGCCGGAGCCGGCCAUCACUCCCAACGCUCUCGAGAGCAGCAACGAUCACUGGACGAUCGGGAAGGCCCGCGCAUUGCCCACGCAGCCGCUUGAGUCGACGAACGACAAGUGGGUGAUCGGCCGUGCGGAAGUUGAAUCGGAUAACACUUCGUGGAAGAUCAACCGUGCGGUAGCUACUCCCGUGGCGCGUGAGCCCCUUGUGGAUUCGGACAACACCUCCUGGAAAAUCAACCGGGCCGCCCCCACGAUUGAGCUCGAAUCUGAUAACACCAGCUGGCACAUCGGAAAGAACCGCGCUGUCGAGACUCCCGUCGCGCGCGCCGAAGCCGGUCUGGACACCAACAACGACCACUGGACGAUCGGCCAGAACCGCCGGGCCGUGCCGACCGAGGCCGUCGAGCCGAACAACAACGGCUGGAGCAUCGGCGGACGCAACCAGGAGGCUCGCACGGUUGCCUUGGACUCGAGCAACGACCACUGGACGAUCGGGCAGAACCGCCGCGCUGUGCCGACCCAGGGCGUUGAGCCGAGCAACGACCACUGGACCAUUGGCCGCCGCGAGGAGGAGGCUCGCACGCUUGCUGUGUAGUCCAGGUGUAUUUGGAAUAAGCAAUGUUUGUACGCAUGAUCAUGAUCUCAAUAUAUUGUCCGGGCUUUGGCCUCGGUGAUUGC